AUGACUAUUACUCUCUAUGAUUGCUUCGGAAAUGCUGCUAAGGACUAUGCAUGGAGCGCGAACACUUGGAAGGCCAGGUUUGCGCUGAACAUCAAGGGACUUCCGUACAAGACCAAGUGGACAGAAUAUCCCGACAUCGCACCUACCUGCAAGCAGCUCGGCGUCUCGCCCACCGCGGAGCUCCCCAGCGGUCCCUACUACUCCGUCCCCAUCAUCGAGGACUCAUCGACCUCGACGACCGUCGCCGACUCCUUCAAGAUCGUGCAGUAUCUGGAUAAACAGUACCCCGACACGCCCACGCUCAUCCCUGUGGGGACCGCAGCGCUGCAAGCCGUCUUCGCGGACACGUUCUUCUCGAAAGUGCGGUCGUUGUACUUCUAUAUGAACAUCAGGGCGUAUAAGCAGUUGAAUCCGGUGAGCCAGGAGCAUUGGAGGAGGACGAGGGAGGCGACCUUUGGGGUGAAAUUGGAGGAGAUUGCGCCGGAGGGAUCGGAGAAGAGCAAGCAGUUGUGGGGAGAGGUGUUGGCGGGACUGACGGCGAUGGCUGGGUUCAUGAGUGCGGGAAGGGAGGAGGGGCCGUUCGUGAUGGGCGAGAAGCUGACGUUUGCGGAUGUGGUGGUUGCGUCGGUCUUGACGUGGGCGAAAAGGCUUCUUGGUGAAAAUUCGAAGGAGUGGAAGGAGAUUUUGGAGGCGGAUGGGGGCGUUUGGGCGAGAUAUGUGGAUGCGUUUGCGAAAUGGGAGAUGGUGGACGAGGAGGGCUUGAAGACUGCACCUGUGGGCAGAGCCUGA